AAAGUCGAGCUUUUGGAGUAGAGCAUUUCUUGCAGCUAAGCUGUAUUCUUCUUCUUGUGGUCGAUAGAAAUCUUAUCGACGUUGGUUGGUGUCCACCGGAAAACGUUGGGGUGUUAUCGGCAAUAGCAAGUUUGAGGCCUCAGAAAAAAACGGGGGAGACAGACUAGGACUGAUUUUAUUUAUAUGUGUUCGAAAAGUAGCAACUUUUCUGUCCAAAACUGUCUCUUCCACGUCCUUCCGGGUCCUAUCGCUCCUCUCCGUCGCCGGUGGAGCUCAUGGCAUCCUCCAUGGCCGCCGCCGCCACCGCCCUCCCGCUGCCGUCCGGGACGACGCAGAGGCCGUCUGCCCAGGGCCGCCUCCUCUUCACCGCCGCACCCGCCCGCUCCCGCUGCCGCUCCCUCCGCCUCCGCCCCGCCGGCCGCCGGUCGGCCCGCUCCUCGCCUCGGGCCACCAAGGCUGUGGUGGCAGCGUUGGCUGAUCCUCUCAAGGUCAUGAUAUCAGGAGCUCCGGCGUCCGGCAAGGGCACACAGUGCGAGCUCAUCAAGACCAAAUAUCAACUGGCGCACAUCUCCGCUGGAGAUUUGUUGCGGGCGGAAAUCGCUGCUGGCUCUGAGAAUGGGAAGCGGGCCAAGGAAUUCAUGGAGAAGGGCCAGCUCGUGCCUGAUGAGAUUGUCGUUAAUAUGGUGAAGGAACGCCUUCGGCAACCAGACGCUCAAGAAAAUGGUUGGCUUUUGGACGGGUACCCAAGAAGCUAUUCACAGGCCAUGGCCUUGGAAACUCUUGAAAUCCGGCCUGAUACUUUCAUUCUGUUAGAUGUUCCAGAUGAACUCCUUGUUGAAAGGGUGGUUGGAAGGCGGCUUGAUCCUGUAACAGGGAAAAUAUAUCAUUUGAAGUAUUCUCCGCCAGAGAAUGAAGAAAUCGCUUCAAGGCUUACACAAAGAUUUGACGAUACAGAAGAAAAGGUUAAGUUGAGGCUGGAGACUUAUUACCAAAAUAUCGAGUCCUUGCUAUCAACAUAUGAGAACAUUAUUGUCAAAGUGCAAGGAGAUGCCACAGUGGAUGCUGUCUUUGCUAAGAUCGACGAGCUGCUGGGUUCUAUCCUGGAGAAGAAAAAUGAAAUGGUUUCCAGCACAUGAGCAAGGUAAAAAUGAUUGGGUGCAGUGCAGAUCCGACAAGUUCAUGUAAUGCAAGUCACCUCUCAUGAUAGGAACUUCUCCAGGGGAAUAUAUCUGAAGCACAGGACGACACGUACAAGUAAUGUAAGCCAGUCUCACGUAAUGGAAAUUUCUCCAUGUGGAUGUGGUCAAAGCAUAGGAAUUUUUUUCCUCCAAUUAUUAACUGUACGCGAAUGGAAGCGACAGAUCAUUCGUAGGUUGUGAGGGCUUCAGAGAUCAUCUGCUGCUGUACAUGUUUUGUUGCUGUCUUGUGAACAUACAUGUCUUGUUGUUUCUCAACUGGAGGAAUGCUGUUAACCUGCUGUAUCAUUUCCUUGAAUGGCUUAUGUGAGAGGGAGGAGGACCUGAGCAGCAGCUCUUGCAAUCUUUGUCUAAAUUCCUUCGGAUGGUGAAGCCCAUUUCGUCUGUUCUCCGAAAA